AACCGCUCAGACUGGAACACAGAGAGAGGGAGGAAGGAGCGCAAGAGAGGAGCAGUUGGCUGGCCUCCAGAUUCAGCCUCGCUCCGCUCUUUGCCUAUUUAUAAUAUGAAUAUAUGCUUUUAUUUGUAUUUAAGAUGUUCAUUUUAGUGUAAGUGGGUUGAGCACGCAGGACUGCGGGGGUUAAAGAGAAAUUGUAACAGGAAGAUUUUUUCUAAGCGACAGAAGUGUCGCACGGAUUUUUCGCCCUAUUUGUUCUCCAUUGAAAGGCUACUAAGGGUUUGUAUUAACCGUUAUUUAAUACUUUGUUUCUACGUGAAGAGGACAGCGGAAAUGGGUUGUUUGGGCAACAGCAAGACUGAAGAUCAACGUAUCGACGAAAAGGCACAAAGGGAAGCGAAUAAAAAGAUAGAGAAACAAUUGCAAAAAGAGAGACAAGCCUAUAAAGCUACACAUCGACUGCUUUUAUUGGGGGCCGGAGAGUCCGGGAAAAGCACGGUUGUCAAACAGAUGAGGAUUCUGCACGUCAACGGAUUUAAUUCAGAAGAGAAGAAGCAAAAAAUCUUGGACAUUCGGAAGAACGUGAAGGAUGCAAUUGUGACCAUAGUUUCUGCCAUGAGCACAUUAAUACCACCAGUCCCUCUGGGUAACCCUGCCAACCAGUUCAGAAUCGACUAUAUCAAGAGCAUAGCUCCCCUCUCGGACUUCGACUAUACAGAGGAGUUCUUUCAACAUGCCAAGCAGUUGUGGGAGGACGAGGGGGUGAAGGCUUGCUUCGAACGCUCCAAUGAAUACCAGCUCAUUGAUUGUGCACAGUUCUUUUUGGAGAGAAUUGACUCUGUGGGACACAACGACUACACACCUACAGAUCAGGACCUUCUGCGGUGUCGAGUCCUAACCUCAGGGAUCUUUGAGACCAGAUUCCAGGUGGACAAAGUCAACUUCCACAUGUUUGAUGUGGGCGGUCAGAGGGACGAGAGAAGGAAAUGGAUCCAAUGCUUUAAUGAUGUGACAGCCAUUAUCUUUGUGGCUGCGAGCAGCAGUUAUAACAUGGUGAUCAGGGAAGACAACAGCACCAACCGCCUUAGAGAGUCUCUGGACCUUUUUAAGAGCAUCUGGAACAACAGAUUUCUUCGGACCAUCUCAAUAAUCCUGUUCCUCAACAAGCAGGACAUGCUGGCCGACAAGAUUCUGGCUGGCAAGUCUAAACUAGAGGACUAUUUUCCUGAGUACACCAGCUACACUCUACCAGCAGAUGCUGUUCCUGAUGCAGGAGAGGACCCCAAAGUGACCCGAGCCAAGUUCUUUAUCAGAGAUGAGUUCCUGAGGAUUAGCACAGCCAGUGGUGAUGGGAAGCAUUACUGUUACCCCCACUUCACCUGCGCUGUGGACACAGAAAACAUCCGCCGGGUCUUCAAUGAUUGUCGGGACAUUAUCCAGAGAAUGCACCUCCGCCAAUAUGAACUUUUGUGAUCGGUGCAGCCUGAUUGGAGCCCAGCCAGUCCCUGCACUCCAACCCGUACCCACAGCCCCUAGAAGAAGCAGACUACUACUAAGAGAGACCAUGCUGACAUUGUUGAUGUUGAUUUAUUUAUGGCUGUGAUGUUUCCCCAGUGCCUCUCUGUUCUUCUACUUCAUCUGCUCUCUCCUUCCUCUUCCUUCUCCUGUUGCUUGCUGCUGUUCCUCUGGUGGCUCAGCACCAGCACGCUCAGUUGGUGUGUGUGAGUUGUGAUUGUGUGUGUGUGUGUGUGUGUGAGAGUUGUGAUUGCGUGUGUGUGCUGUGAUUGAGUGUGUGAGGCAUGAUUGUGGGUGUGUGUGCUGUGAGUUUGAUGUGUCUGUGACAGUUCUCUGGAUCAGCAUGUGUUGGUUCAAGGGGAUUCCAGCACUACAAUGCUUGAAUGUCUCUCUCUCACUCCUCUCAACUAUCCUGUUUCUUCUCCUCUUUCCCCCUUUGUGUGUGCGUGUGUGAGAGAGAGAGUGUGUGUGAGAAUUUUUUUGGUUUGGGUGGGUGAUGGUUAAGUGACUAGUUGGGGUUAGUGGGUAUUACAGUUAGGGCUAUUGACUGGUAGGACUAAAUAGAAAAGUUAACUUGGGUAGGACAACAUACAGAUUCAUCAUUUGGGGAUGGUCAAGAUAGUGACAGGUUGGUUUGAAGUAGUUAGUAAUGUGUUGGUUAAGAGACGUUAGUAACAAAUUGGUUGUGUUGUUCUAGCUCUAGAACUUCCAGAAUUGUUCAGGCUGCCUGGGUGUUGAUGUUAGAAACUGUUGAGGGAGUGGGCGUUGGAUGAUGGAUGGACCCAGAGGAUGAUGGGAGGGUGUCAUGAGCAGCUACGGUUUUACAGCACGCUGGGAAAUUAAGUCCUAGCCACAGAACCUCUCUGCCAGUUUAUAUUGUGAUCAGAUCUGAUGCUCUGGGCUGUAGAUUUAUAUACAAAUACACACACACACAUAUAUAUAUACACACAGUGUAUAUA